GAAAAUACUUGAGUCUACUUUAGCGCCGAGGGCCACGCUUUGGGCCCCACCCUGCGUGCCUCUGAGGACGUGCAGAGUGCAUUUACACUUCUCAAGGGUCUAAGAUCACAGCUGGCUUUCUCGGCCGAAAGGGUGCCUCUGAGCAUGUGCAGAGGACGAUUGAAAAGCGCUUUUCGGUAGUACUGGACCCGAAGGGUGCUCCUGAGCCCCUGCAGAGGACUUCUUAAAGAAACUUCCUCAGCUGUAGUAAGGGCCCAGAUGGCUUGCUGGGCCUCAAGUGAAAAUCUAACGACCAGGCUGGCCUCUCUCUUCGGCAUGGACCAGACAGUGUCCGGUACCGGGAAUGAGUUUUUCCAAUAUACAGCCCCCAAACAGCCUAAGAAAAGCCUGCCAGCCACAGGUGCAGGCCCUCCGACACAGAAGCCUCCUCCGCCUGGGGGAGCGCCCUCCGUCUUUGUAGCCACAGCCGUUCAUGCCUAUCGUUUUACAAACGGGAGUUACGUGAAACAAGGCAAAUACGGAGCAGCCGUGGUGGGGUGCCAUGCAACCCAGGAGUACAGAAUCCUACUUUAUAUAAACCAGCAGCAGCAAAUCACCAGCGCUAGGAUCCAUCCAGGGUUCAUAUUCACGGUCCAACCCAACAACUAUAGUACAUUUUACGAUGAUCAGAGGCAGAACUGGUCCAUCAUGUUCGAAUCGGAAAAAGCCACAGUGGAUUUCAGCAAGCAGGUCUGCAUUGCCAAGUACAACAGUAGCCCUUCCCCUGAUUCGGUGGUGUGCCAGGAUCUGAUCAGCGGAGAGGGCCAAGGCGUGGAAGUCGGAGACGCCAUCGAAGUGGCCUUUACCAGCUGGCUCUUCCAGAACAAUGCGCUGGGGCAGGUGUUUGACUCCAACACGAACAAGGAUAAACUCCUCCGCUUGAAGCUGGGCUUGGGCAAAGUCAUCAAGGGCUUGGAAGAAGGAAUGCUUGGUCUGAAGAAGGGAAGCAAACGCUUCCUGCUUGUCCCUCCCGCCCUUGCUUAUGGGUCUCAGGGAGUCGCGAAUCGUGUUCCUCCGGACUCGACGCUGGCCUUCGAGGUGGACGUCAAGAGGGUGAGGUUGGCAAAGGACGCUGCUUCCAACGGGCAGAACGUGGCCCCCAGGGACUCCCUCGCACCUUCCCCAGGACCAAACACUGAACAUCUCGGUAUGGACCCUGCAGGGCUGCCUCCCAGUACUCUCCCUCCGAAGCCUGGGGAGCCAGCUGUGCGGGCCAAAUCCAACUCUAUCAGUGAACAGCUAGCGAACCCCGAUGUGGCGAAAGCAAAGCUGAUUUCACGAAUGGCAAAGAUGGGGCAACCUAUGUUGCCUUUCCUUCCGGGCUCCAGUCCCGCCCAGCUGGACUCAAGUGACUCGGAGAUCGAGGACCCAAACACCUUGCGAGAAGCUGCUCAUCCCGUCACAUCGUCUCCCCUGAAACCAUCUCCCCCCGCUAUUCUUCCUCAGAUAACAGCCCAAGUGCCCCAGGCGUCUGUUCCUGGACUCCAGGUGUCCUCAGCCGCUGUGAUGCCUGCAGCCCUGCACCCGCAUCCAGCUCUUCCUGGGGCUGCUCAGAGCCUUCAGGCGUUUACAGGGAUGAACUAUGCCUACCCACAAGGCCCUGCAGCAGCUUCCCAGCUCCAGCCUCUUGGGGCCAUCUAUCCUGCUCCUUUCCAAGCAGCUGGUGAUAUUGGAUCUUUCUUAAUGACGGAAGCAAGGCAACAUAACACCGAAAUCCGGCUGUCUGUGGGCAAAGUGGCUGACAAAAUAGACCAGCUAACAACCAAGGUGGAAGAGCUGCAGAAGCAGAAUUCCACCCAAAGCUUGUUACCAGGUACUAUCUCCUCUGUUACAAUGGAAACAACCAUGAUUAUGGCCAACAUCCAGCGCAUCAUCCAGGAAAAUGAGAGGCUCAAGCAAGAAGUCUUUGAGAAGAGCAGCCGCAUUGAGGAACAGAAUGAGAAGAUAAGUGAACUGAUUCACCGCAAUCAGAGGUACGUGGAGCAAAGCAAUCUGCUGAUGGAGCAAAGGAACAACUCUCUGCAAAUGAACACUGAGCACUCUCAGGCAAGAGUCUUACACGCUGAGCAAGAAAAGCACCUGCUGCCACUGGAUCGGGGGUGGGAUCAGGUUAAGGUUGCUGAAGAACUGGCGGCGGCUACGGCCCAGAUCUCCCAGCUUCAGCUGGAGCUGACCAGCCACCAGAAGAAGGAGAUGGACCUGCGCUCCCAACUGAAUGCUGCCCUGAAGGAGGCCGAGAGACAUGCUGCCCAGCUUAACCAGUUGCAGGCCCAGCUGGCAGAGCUUCAGGAGUCAUCUGCAGAGGCCAAGAACAAAUUCCAAGUGGAGAAGCAGAGCCGUAAGCUGCUGGAUGGGAAGGUGGCUGCCUUGGAGGAAGAGUUGGCUGACCUCCGGGUGGAGAAGGAGAACCUAGAGAAAAAUCUUUCUGAAAGAAAGAAGAAAUCUCUCCUGGAGAGAAAACAGGCCGAAGAAGAGGCGGAUGAGAUUCGCAAAUCUUACCAGGAAGAGCUGGACAAGCUCCGGCAGGUUCUGAAAAAGUCACGGGCAUCGACCAACCACGUUGCUUCAGAGCAGACAGAGCUGGAGUCCCAGUGGGAAGCCAAAUGCGAGCGCCUGCUGAGUUCGGCCAAGGAGCAACAUGCCCGCCAGUUCCAAGAAGUGUGUGAACAGCGGGAUGCCCAGCAGCAGAUGGUCUCCCAACUGGAAGAGAAGAUUUCUCUGCUCAAAGCCAGCAGGAACUCAGAGGACAAAAAAUUUGUAGAACUUCAGGAGCAAGUGGAAGAACUGGAGGCAGUCAAAGGCAAGUGUGCAGCCUUGCAGUCCCAACUGACAGACCUCACUGUCCGUUAUGAAGAGCGGAUCCAAGAGCUGGAGAAAGGCAUUGAUAGGACCCCACCGACAGCUUCGGCUGAAGCGGUGAAAAAGAUCAUGAAUCGAGUCUUCCAGUCCCUCCGAGGCCAAUUUGAGUUGGAGGAGUCCUACACGGGAAGGAUCGUCCUUGGCGUGGUCAUGAACACCAUCAAGACAAUAACUCUGCAGCUGCUGGAGAGGCCGGAAGAGAGCAGCAGUGAAGAGGAGGGACCACGGCAGCGAGGAAGCCCAGUGGCUGUCGACCAAGUGCAGCCGAGCAGUUCUGACGAGCCACCAUCGUCCAUUCCUUCAGACCGCCUAGAAGAAGACCCUGACAGUUCUCCUCCUCCCUCUCUGGAAGGAAGCCAGAGCAAGCAGGCACAGGAGGCACAGCGUUCAGAUGGACCUGCUGAGUUGACCCCUGCAUCCUCGGAUCCAGUCCCAAAAUCUCUGGAGGAGGAGCUCUCGCCACAGGAGGAGGAUAGGGAGGUGGCUGUGUCCAGACCAACAGAAGCACAUGCUUUGGGUGGUGCUGGCGAUACAGUGGAGAACGUGCCUGCAGAUCCUGUUCCCUUGAAGCCAGCAGUUGAGGAGGCAGCGCCUGCACUAGACCCAGACAGGGAAGAGGACACUUGCCCAGAUGUUCCUGACCAGGAUCCCACCUCCUUGACCCUCCCGUCCGGAACAACAGGAGAGAAGGUCCAAGUUGGGGAGAAGCUACCACCAGCAUCUAUCCCUCCAGAAGAGGAUUCCAGCACCCAGGAGGAUAAAGGCAAUUUGUUGAAAGGAACCAACUGUACGCUGCCUGCAUCAGGAGGUCCACUGGAAGAGGAGGAGGAGGAGGAGGAUGAAGAACUGAGCCUAAAGGGGCGGCCACCCCCGACCCCCCUCUUUGGGGACGACGAAGACGACAACGACCUGGAUUGGCUGGGAUGAACGACCGGACGAGACUCGGAAGACUUGAGUGGAAACAUUUUGCUUUGUGGUUUUGCACAGAGGGGCCUCCAGUGCUUGCUGGCACUCAGGUGGACACAGCAAAAUUCUGAGAUUGCUACUUGCACCCUCGGGGGCUUCGAUUACCAGAGGUUUCUCUCCCUGGACUGAAACAAAGAACAAGCUUUCCUCUGCAUUAAACUUCAGCUCAGUCGCCUGCUGGACCCCCCCCCCCCCCUUUUUGAGCGAGCAUGCUUUUGCGGAGGGGCAGGUGGAGCUGAAACGGUCCCCCGGUCGCUCCGGAGUCCCUGUUUGACACCAACGUGAAAGCACCAAGGUUUUUCUUCCUUUCUGCCCCAUUUCCCCAUCCCACCCACGCUUUUGAUGAUUCCCCACAUACUGAUCCAUUCUCCCUAUACACGCGAAGCAGAGCAACCUACGCCUACGGUGGGAUUUUAAACUGCAACCGAGGGGCCUCUUUUCUGCAGUAGAGGGGAGAGGAUCAGCAGUUGGGGUUUCAACCAUCUCCGGGCUGUUUUCUUCAAGCACUGCCUUUCUCUGGAGGCUCCAUCAGCUGCCCAGCAUUGCAGGCCAAGAAGGCAGUUGGAUGAAGAGCCCUAGAAACUGUUGAAGGACCAAAAGCAGUUCUAGCGAUGGAGGACAGAUUCUGGCUUCUCCCAGACGCGUAAGAGAGCAGCUUUGAACCUGCUUCUUUCAUUGCAUUCUUCGGUUUCUAAAAACGAAAAGAGUAUCUGCGGUGUGCUACUCCUGCCAUACUCUGGGUGAGGUGGCUUUUCCUGGGCCAGCUUUUCCUCAUUUUUGUCCUCCCCGGGCCAAACAGCAACUGGAAGUGGCCCACUGACCCCAAGGCAAUGCUUCCUAGUUCACAAAUGCUUUCAGGCUGGAGUUAUUCCUUGGAGUAUUGGAGGAAUUGAAAAUUUGAUAUCGAAAUAUUGGUAUAAUUGGAAUAAUAGGCCAGUUUUGCUGGGCAAGGGUGUCCAAUUUUGCCCUUCCUUUUGUUUUUUUAAGCAAAAGGUGGCCGGUGAGAGACACAUGGUAAUAUUCACAACAAAUGAGAUGUUAACUAUUUCUAACUCCAUUGGGGUGUCGUUAGUUUGGGAAGCAGAUCCCCACCAAUGCAGUGAAAAGGCGAUUCUGCAUUUCAAGGGGGCUCCUGGAGCAGGAGUUUCUGUUCCAUUCCUAAUAUGUUCAAAUAUGUCAGAUCUGUGGAUAAUAGCCGCCCCAAAUGCCUCAAGAAAGUGAUGUUCCCAUGAGCCUUUUUAUGUAAGGGCUGGUGGGUGUGCUUGUGGAAGAGGAACUAGAUUAAUUCAGCCUUCAGUCCAGCAGUACCCAAUCCUUCAGUUGAUCCUGCUUCUGAAUCCCCUUCCCGUAGCAUCAUGUUGCCUAGUUUUAGAGGAAGUGGUGGGAAAUUCUUAAAAAGGUCACUUUUUCUGAUAAAUGGAAAUAUACAAGGAAACGCCAGUUGAGUGGUUUUUGGAUGAACCCCAAAGGCUUCAUUUCUCUGCCUCCUUCCCCCAAACCUUCAUGGUUACAUGCAUUGUCUGCUGUUGUCUUUACAGCUUUGCUAAUGUUGUUUCAGGAGUUUUCUCUCUGGAAGCAGAACGUAGGACUAACUUGGCUCGGCCUUCUAUUAGAAACUGGGCAAAAUUUGCAAAUCUUGUCUCUUUUUUUGGAGGGGAGGACCCAUUAAAAAAAAGUGCAAUUAAAGUCAAUUAAAUCUCCACUCA